CUAAAGGAUCACAGUGUUCUGCUCUGUCCUUUCUUUUCCAGUUUCUCUAUGUUACAAGACCAGUCCAGUGUGUCAUGGGCGUGAAACCCCAAAUACUUGUAACAAUGCACCACCACUGCCAGGCGUAGGGGCUCUUCGAUGUGGCAUUUCUGUGGUUUUGCUGAUGUUAAGUUGCAGACAUUUCUCCACAAGUGCUCCACCCGACUCUUCUCCUCAUCUCAUCCCCCUUGUCAAUACACACCGUUAGUACAGAAUCCUCAGAGAAUUUCUUCAAGUGACAUGACCUGCUACUACAAUUACAGUUAUAUUUGUAUUUAUUUACGUAUAUAAAGAGAUGUUAAAGACUGCCAGAUCUGCUCACAAAGUUGCAUGUUUAGUUGUUCAGCCUGUCCACUGCGUUGUACAUUUUUAAUGGACUUUCCUUCCUUGUAAUUUUUCAGACGCAGCACUUUUUACAUCACUAAGAUGUCUACUUUUGGAAUUCUGAUUUUCUUGCUCAGCCUUUUCCAAUGUUCAUGUGGUCAGAAGUUCUACGCCACAAUGCCUUCAAACAUUCAGGCUCUGACUGGCUCCUGUCUGGUGAUCCCUUGCAGCUUCACUUCUCCUCAAGAGGGCUCUGAUCCAAUGGGCAUCUGGAGAAUUAACCAUUACUGGUCCAGGGUGGAUGUAUUCAAGGGGAAUCAGUCACUAAAUAAUUGGAGUGGCCUUAAGGUCACCAUUCUUGGUGACCUGAAACUAAGGAACUGCACCACAUUGCUGGAUGGGAUCGGACCUGACAAUCAGGGAGUGUUUUACUUUAGGAUUGAAGACACUUACUUAAAUCAAGGAAAGUCCUUCAAAUACAGCUUCACUGAUGGAGUGCAAAUCAACAUUACAGGCUCUCCAAACAGACCACUGCUGAUUCCAAGAGAUCCAGUGAUGGAGGGGACUAUAACCAGUCUGAACUGCACUGCUCCAUUGCCCUGUCCCAACCAGCCUCCAUCUCUGAUGUGGAGUGAAACUCUGAAUGGGACGGUGCUCUGGACUGUACUCACCGGAAUAAAUGGGAGUCGUUCUGUGUUAUCCCUCCUGACCUUCACAGCCUCAUAUCGUGACCACCAGAAGAACAUCACCUGCAUAGCGUGGUACCCGGUGGGGUCUGAAAACAGAAGCGCAGUGGCGAGUGUAACACUGAGCAUCUGGUAUUUUCCAAAGGACACGUCAAUUAAAACAUCUGACAAAAUCCUGAUGGGAUCGUCUUUGACCCUCACCUGCAAUGCCAAUGCCAACCCGGCAGCCACCUACACCUGGUUUGAAGUGAGCGGCACUGCUGUCUCUAUGGUGGGAUCUGAGCAGAACUGGACCAUUAAAGCAGUGACCCCUAGCGACAGUGGGAGGUAUUACUGCAUGGCACAAAACCAGUAUGGAGCAGAGAACUCAAGCGCUGCCAUUGUCGAUGUGCUGUUUCCCCCCACAAACACCACGGCCAGAUUAAAUCCCACUGGAGACGUAAGGGAUGGUGACCAAGUAGCCCUCAUCUGCAACUCCAGUGCCAACCCAGCUGCCAACUACACCUGGUUUAGAGCGAAUGGAGCUGCCAUCUCACCGACUGGAUCUGGUCAGAUUCUGACUUUAACAGCAGUGACCCCUGGUGACAGCGGGAGGUAUUACUGUCAGGCCCAAAACCAAUAUGGAGAGGACAACUCAAGUGUAACAACUCUGGAUGUCCGCUUUAUGCCCAACAACACCAAUGCCAUAUUAAGUCCUACAGGCGACAUAGUAGAAGGUGCCCAAGUUAGCCUCACCUGUGCUUCCAGUGCCAAUCCAGCUGCCAACUACUCCUGGUUCAAAGUGAAUGGAGCCAACGUCUCACUGAUGGCAUCAGAACAGAAUCUGACUUUCAGAGCAGUGACCCCUAGUGACAGCGGGAGGUAUUACUGCAAGGCACAGAACUGGUAUGGGACGAAGACUUCACCAGUAGAAGUUCUGGAUGUGCACUUUCCCCCUUUUAACACCACAGCAAUUUUAAAUCUGACAAAUCAGAUAAUGGAAGGAGACUGGGCAGCCCUCACCUGUAACUCCAGUGCCAAUCCAACAGCCAACUACUCCUGGUUUAAAAUGAAUGGAACUGCAGGCUCACUGAUGGCAUCUCAGCAGGAAUUGAUCAUCGAGGCAGUGACCCCUAUUGACAGUGGGGGGUAUUACUGCGAGGCGAGGAACUCGCUUGGAAAACAGAACUCUACAGUGGUCUCUCUGGAAGUGAUCAAACAUAUGGAGAAAAAACCCCAAAUCUGUUUUGUAGUUUUGGGAGCCGCUACUUCUGGACUUGUAGCUUUGCUGGGCGUCUUAUGCCUGAUCCUUUAUAUAAAAAGGAGAAGACAAUCCAAUAGAACAGCAGGAGGAGGCUCAGACGUGAAGACCACCAAGAAAGACGAGGGCAUCCCACCAAUGGAUGAGGACACUGUGGUGUAUGUCAACAGCCAGGCCAUCAGAGAUCAAAUGAAGGAGCAUGAAGGACCAAAUGAAAAUCUGGAGUACGCCUGCCUUGAGUUUUCCAAAGAGAAGAGCAUGGAAAAGACCGACAAGGGGACUGUAAGGGAUCCAGUGAUCAGGGGCUCUUCAGAACAUGAGACUGUCUACUCAGGAGUCAAAUAUACUGAAAACACAAAGAAAUAGUGUCAAAAAAUGAAUAUGAGGCGCAGUUAGUUCUCCAAGAGGGAAGCUUAGAGAAGAUGAAGUUUUAAAAAUAAACUUAAAGGUUCUUAAAAUAUAA